AUGAAGAGGAGGAAGAAGAUGGUGAUGAAAAAGGAAGAAGAGGAGAAGGUGAAGGAGGAGAAGAAAAAGAAAGAAGAAGAAGAAGACGAUGCUGAUGAAGAAAUAGAAGAAGGAAGAGAAGAGGAGAAGGAAGAAGAAGAAGACGAAGAAGAAGAAGAAACGAACAUGACGAAGAAGGCGAUGGAUGGCAGUGACAGUGGCAGCAGUAUCGGUUGCAGUGACAGUGGCAGUAUCGGUUGCAGUGGCAGUGGCAGUAUUGGUUGCAGUGACAUUGGCAGUAUCGGUUGCAGUGACAGUGGCAGUAUCGGUUGCAGUGGUAGUGGCAGUAUCGGUUGCAGUGACAGUGGCAGUAUCGGUUGCAGUGACAGUGGCAGCAUUGGUUGCAAUGGCAGUGGCAGUAUCGGUUGCAGUGACAGUGGCAGUAUCGGUUGCAGUGCAGUGACAGUGGCAGUAUCGGUUGCAAUGACAGUGGCAGUAUCGGUUGCAGUGACAGUGGCAGUAUCGGUUGCGGUGACUGUGGCAGUAUCGGUUGCAGUGACAGUGGCAGUAUCGGUUGCAGUGGCAGUAUCGGUUUCAGUGACAGUGGCAGUAUCGGUUGCAGUGACAGUGGCAGUAUCGGUUGCAGGGACAGUGGCAGUAUCGGUUGCAGGGACAGUGGCAGUAUCGGUUGCAGUGACAGUGGCAGUAUCGGUUGCAGUGACAGUGGCAGUAUCGGUUGCAGUGACAGUGGCAGUAUCGGUUGCAGGGACAGUGGCAGUAUCGGUUGCAGUUGCAAUAGCAGUAACAGUAGUGGUAGUAUAG